AUGUUAAUAAUUGUUAGUCUUGGAUCUAGAUCUAGAAAUCUAGACUAUAUAUUAUAUAAUAAAAAUAUGCCGUGUUCUUUGUACAAUAUAUGUUUAGAAUAUGUCGGCUCCAGAAUAAAAUUUAUCGAUUCUCUCAGUGGGUUUCCAGAGCUUAUUGGCAAGCAAAUUUUCUUGAAAGCUCUCUCUUCUAACCAGUUUUCACGAUUAAAACUAUCUAAUCAGAGUAGGAACAAUCUGAAGGUCUUCAUAGAAGCUUAUGGUAGUUCAAGAAUCCUGCACAGCUUUUCUUUACAAAACAGUCAGAUAUUUCUGAAUGAUAUUAUUGAUGACUGUUGGUGGCUUUUUAAAGUUGUGACUCAUUUAGAUUUAUCAUCUUGUGGUUUAGGAGAUGACCACACUAUACUUCCAUUGCUGAUAGGAGCACUUAAAUUACAGACUCUAAUUCUUAGAAAUAACUCACUUAGUGAUGAAGGUGUCAGAAGGCUGACCAUAAACCCUAGGCUUUUUUUGAAACAACCUCCACUCAAAUAUUUAGACCUGUCUGAAAACUUUCAACUGACUGAAAAGAUUUUUGACUUUCUAAAUUUUAUUAAUUUAGAAUUGUUAAAUUUAUCAGGCACAAAUAUACAUAUAACUGGAAAUGUACUUAAUAACAGAUGGUCAAUAUGCAAACAAACAGGUGUGUGCAAGUGCAUUUCAGAAAAAUUUACUAUAAAUACAGGAGGCUGGGCAGCGCAAACUGUAGAAAACUGGAAAACUGAAUAUUUAAUCAACUGCUACAAUCUACACUUACCAAAAAGUGCAUCAAAAUUUUAUUCCAGACAAGUCUUCUGUGACCCUCAGGUAGAAGUAAUAAAACAAGUAGACUUGCUUGUUUUCAUUUCCAAUAUAUUUAAUUGCUGCCAUGUUACACAUGCACCUGGUCUAAAAUCUAAGUCUUUUUUAAUUCACAAUUGUCAAAAUGCUCAUACUUUUUUGAAAGACAACAAAGCUUGCUGCAAAUCUGGUGCAUACUUGGGUUCUGGUAAAUUUUCCAUUGAUAAGCAAGAUAAAACAAAGUCUGUUCAAAAUAACACUCUUGAAAAUAAUUUGAAUGAUGAUGCAGAUAACAAACUGCUACUAGCCUUGUAUACUAACUCACCACCAAGGAAAAGACAAAAGUAUAAUUAAUGCUAUGAGUUUAAAAACAAUACUAUUUUCUUUAAUUGAUUUAAUAAAGAUAGUAAUUGGAAAAUUUUAAUUGAAGUUCAGAUUGUAUUGUAUUACAAUUAAAAUAAUUAAAAUGUUUCUUUUUUUUU